AUUCUCCGCUCUCUCAGACUCUCUCUCUCUCUCUCUCUCUCUCCCCCACGAAACCAAACCCCGAAAAGCCCCCAUGGCGGCGGCGGCGGUGACGACGAACGGCGGCGCCGCGCAGGCGUCCAACGCCCCCGCGCCCGGCAGGCUCGCGUCCGUCUACAGCGAGGUGCAGACGAGCCGCCUCAAGCACGCGCUACCCCUCCCCUCGGUGCUCCGCUCCCCCUUCGCCCUCGCCGACGGCCCCGCCAGCUCCGCGGCCGGCAACCCCGGUGAGAUCGCGAAGCUGUUCCCCAACCUGUUCGGCCAGCCGUCGGUGUCACUGGUGCCUUCGCCGGAGCCGGCCUCCACCAGGCCCCUCAAGGUCGGGGUCGUGCUCUCCGGCGGUCAGGCGCCCGGCGGCCACAAUGUGAUCUGCGGCAUCUUCGAUUACCUGCAGGAGCGUGCAAAAGGAAGCAUCAUGUAUGGAUUCAAGGGGGGUCCAGCAGGAGUCAUGAAGUGCAAGUACGUCGAGCUGACUGCCGAUUAUGUCUACCCCUACAGAAACCAGGGUGGAUUUGAUAUGAUCUGCAGUGGAAGGGACAAGAUUGAAACACCAGAGCAGUUUAAGCAAGCUGAAGACACCGUAAACAAACUUGAUUUGGAUGGGCUUGUUGUCAUUGGUGGUGAUGAUUCAAACACAAACGCAUGCCUCCUCGCUGAGUACUUCAGGGGAAAGAACAUGAAAACUCGUGUCAUUGGUUGCCCAAAGACUAUCGAUGGAGAUUUGAAAUGCAAGGAGGUUCCAACAAGCUUUGGAUUUGACACUGCUUGCAAGAUAUACUCAGAAAUGAUUGGUAAUGUUAUGACUGAUGCACGCUCUACUGGGAAGUACUACCACUUUGUGAGGCUUAUGGGACGUGCUGCUUCUCACAUUACUUUGGAGUGUGCUCUGCAAACACACCCUAAUGUUGCACUCAUUGGAGAAGAGGUUGCUGCAAAGAAGGAAACUCUUAAGAGUGUCACAGACUACAUUACUGAUAUCGUCUGCAAGCGUGCAGAACUUGGUUACAACUAUGGUGUUAUCCUUAUUCCAGAGGGUCUGAUUGAUUUCAUCCCAGAGGUUCAAAAACUCAUUGCAGAGCUGAAUGAGAUUUUGGCACAUGAUGUUGUUGAUGAGGCUGGGGCUUGGAAGAGCAAGCUUCAACCAGAAUCAAGACUGCUGUUUGACUUCCUUCCCAAAACCAUCCAGGAGCAACUUUUGCUUGAAAGAGAUCCUCAUGGAAAUGUUCAGGUUGCGAAAAUUGAAACGGAGAAAAUGCUUAUUGCCAUGGUUGAAACUGAAUUGGAAAAGAGAAAAGCUGAGGGGAAGUACCCUGCACAUUUCAGAGGCCAAUCUCACUUCUUUGGAUACGAAGGAAGAUGCGGCCUGCCUACUAUUUUUGAUUCUAACUAUUGCUAUGCAUUAGGUUAUGGCUCUGGGGCCCUUCUCCAAAGUGGGAAGACAGGACUUAUUACGUCGGUUGGCAACCUUGCUGCUCCUGUGGAAGAAUGGACUGUUGGAGGAACUGCAUUGACAGCGUUGAUGGAUGUUGAGAGGAGGCAUGGAAAGUUCAAGCCCGUGAUCAAGAAGGCUAUGGUGGAACUUGACGGGGCACCUUUUAAGAAGUUUGCUUCAUUGAGAGACGAAUGGUCCCUCAAGAACCAUUACAUCAGCCCUGGCCCCAUCCAGUUCAGUGGCCCUGGAAGCAACGAUGCAAACCACACCUUGAUGUUGGAACUCGGCGCCGAGGCAUAGAAGACACGAGGACACCGCGUGUACCCUUUUAAUCUUCUUUUUGUUAUUACAGUUUUGAGAAAGUUUGAGAUGGAACCUCGCAGAGGAACCUGCAGGACUCCAUGUAUUGUGGAGUGCUCAAUAAGAGGUUCCAUUGGAGUUUCUGUGGAGUAGAUGUGUACCAAUAAUAACUGAUGUUAGCUUCUGCAUGAUCCAUUGCUCCAUUUUACACAGAAGUUCACUUGUUUCUAAAUUGUAGCUCUGCGUUUUUGUGAGUUUUGUUCAACUGGGAUGCGAUGCUACAAUUGUGGACAUAAAUAAUCCAUGUUGAGAGGGUAUUGGUUUU